UGGAGUCCUUUGUCCGUCAGCUUCAGGUAGCUCCUUAUAAAGAUAGGCACUCAAAUCUGACCCUCUAGCACUGUAACUAGGGCCAAGGAUCACACAGGGGGGCUGUGCUAUGCACACUCCCAUACAUGCACUCCUCUCUUAACGGAGUCAACCAGUCUCUGGUUUUCAGUCCUACGAAUGAUACGAUGAUGGGGAUCCUUGGCAAUGGCACCGUACUCCCGAACGGGAGCGAUCCUUUCGGUAGAAACGAAGAGGUCGCAAAAAUAGAGAUAACGGUCCUGAGCAUCACCUUUGUGGUGGCCGUGAUUGGGAACGUCAGUGUCUUGCUGGCCAUGUACAACACCAAGAAAAAGACUUCGAGAAUGCACCUCUUCAUCCGUCACCUUAGUAUUGCUGACCUAGUGGUCGCCUUCUUUCAGGUCCUGCCGCAGAUAUGCUGGGAGAUCACCUUUCGCUUCUACGGACCAGAUUUCCUGUGCAGGAUAGUGAAGCACCUCCAGGUGAUGGGCAUGUUCGCCUCCACCUACAUGAUGGUGAUGAUGACCCUGGACCGUUACAUCGCCAUCUGCCACCCUCUGAAAACCCUCCAGCAGCCCACCCAGCGGUCUUACAUCAUGAUCAUUAGCACCUGGAUGAGCAGUCUGGUCCUCAGCAUGCCACAGUACUUUAUAUUCUCUCUGAGUGAGAUCAAGAACGGCUCGGAGGUCUACGACUGCUGGGGCCACUUCAUAGAACCGUGGGGCGUAAAAGCAUACAUUACUUGGAUAACCGUUGGCAUCUUCCUCAUCCCCGUGUUCAUUCUGAUGAUAUUCUACGGGUUCAUCUGCCACAGCAUAUGGAAAAAUAUCAAGUAUAAGACCAAGAAGACACCCGUGGGAGGUGCGUCUAAAAACGGUCUCAUGGGCAAGAACUCCGUUAGCAGCGUCACCACUAUAUCCAGAGCGAAGUUGAGAACGGUCAAAAUGACUUUUGUGAUUGUUCUGGCGUACAUUAUUUGCUGGUCACCUUUCUUCAUCGUACAGAUGUGGUCGGUUUGGGAUGAGAACUURGCAUGGGAUGAUUCUGAGAACACGGCUGUCUCACUGUCCGCGCUCCUCGCGAGUCUUAACAGCUGCUGUAACCCGUGGAUAUACAUGAUCUUCAGCGGGCAUCUCCUACACGACUUUACGCACUGUUUCCCYUGCUGUAAUAAUUUACGCCACAAGUUCAAGAAAGAGGACUCUGACAGCAGUCUCCGGAGAAAUACGAUAUUGAGUAAAAUGACCAACCGGAGCCCAACAUGCAGUUCGGGCACAUGGAAAGACCCUGACAACUCGACCAAGUCCUCCGUUCCAUCUAUCCAAACGGAGACCUAACACAGCGCGUUAAAAGCACAAACACACGACAGCGAUGAAUUAUAGUUAACUCUUAUUGACUUGACAAUUAUACAACUUUCAAGGUACCAAUUAAAACUGUUGAGAUAUUGACACUGAUUGAUUAUUUAAUGUGUCUCUAAUAUAUAUUUGUGAUUAUGAAUUGGUUUUGGGGUUUAUUGUCUGGUAUGCCAGUCUUGAUAACGUCAAUUAUAAACUACUAUUGUUUAUAAUGACUUAAUUAGGCUACGUCAGAUCUGAAUUUGAAAAUGUAUAGUGGAAAAGAAGCAGAUCAUCUGAACAUAUUUAAAUACCAACAGCCACAGCUAUAUCACCUYCGUUCUUUAUUUUAUUUUUUACUUCCUAUAACAUUCCACAUUCCAGAGUCCUCUUUUCUAUGUAUUCUGAGUUGAUGUGAUCCAGCCUAGGAAUUUCUACAGCAAAACCCAGACCACUUCGUAUGACAAAUGACAGAUCUGUGACCAAGAUGCAUGGAUUAGAUUAUCACAGUCAUGCUAUUAAAAGUGAACACACUUUUUUUGAUAACA